UGGCAAUCCGCUCCCCCUCUCAGCAUCACCCAGCCCUCGCAAUAUAUAUUUCCACCGGAACCUUCCGAACUUCCACCAUGUAUCUAUCCAACCCCAUCCUACCAACACUAUCCGACGCCCCUCUUCUCGCCAAAUUGCUCCAAGCCUCUAUAGCCGACAAAGACAAAGACAGAGUAACCCCUCAAUCGGAAGAAGAAUCCGCCUUGCAGCUCACAUUCCUCACAACCAUGUUCGAGCGCGAUCUUACCCACCCGCACCGACGCUACUGGAUCAUCCGGGAUCUCGACAGCGGGGAUGUUGCCAGCUUCAUCAGUUGGACUCUACCCGUUACGGAGGAAGAGGAGGAGCGAGUACGCGAGGAACGAUCCAGGACGCUACCCCCGGUGCCUCGGCGCCAGAGUGCAGGCGGGGGCGAUUAUAUGGACGAGUUGAUGCCGAAGAUCGUGGACAUGAGGAGAGAGAUAUUGGGAGUUCCGAGGAGGUUGAAUUGGUAUUGUGGUAAUUUGGCUACCGAUCCUAAGUACCAGCGAAUGGGGGCCGCGUCGAAGUUGAUUCGGUGUCCGUUUGAGGAGGCAGAUCGAGAUAGUGUAGCUUGCUAUUUGGAUACGGAUUUACAUGGCCCAGCGAUCAAAAUGUAUGAGCGGAAUGGGUUCGUGCGCGUGGGAGAGGGGGUUUCCGUCAGCUUGGAAAAAUAUGGUGGACAGGCCAUUCAUACCCAUGUCGGAUUGAUUCGGGAACCAAGCCCAUUAAGCACGUAG